CAUACAAAACACAAAAAAUAAUUCUCUUCUAAACUCACAAAGAACUUUAAUAUAUUUUUCCAAAACAAGUUGAAAAUGAAUCCAAAUGUAUUUGAUGUUGCAAACAAUGGUUUGGCUAAGGCAGCAAGUUUGUUUAGCCAUGCCUAUGUGACAUUUUUGGCAGGAAACGGUGACUACGUAAAAGGUGUUGUUGGUUUAGCUAAAGGGUUGAGAAAGGUAAAAUCUGCGUACCCUCUAGUGGUGGCGGUGUUGCCUGACGUCCCAGAGGAACACCGCCACAUAUUGAUCAAUCAGGGUUGUAUAGUCCGGGAGAUCGAACCGGUUUAUCCUCCGGAAAAUCAGACUCAGUUUGCUAUGGCUUACUAUGUCAUCAACUACUCUAAACUCCGCAUUUGGGAGUUUGUGGAGUAUAGGAAGAUGAUAUACUUGGAUGGAGAUAUCCAAGUUUUUAAGAACAUAGACCAUUUAUUUGACUUACCAAAUGGCUAUUUCUACGCCGUGAUGGACUGUUUCUGUGAGAAAACAUGGAGCCAUUCCCCACAAUACAAUAUUGGUUAUUGCCAACAGUCUCCAGAAAAAGUUCAGUGGCCUGAACAAGAUUUAGGACCAAAACCAAAUCUUUAUUUCAAUGCAGGCAUGUUUGUAUUUGAGCCAAGUCUCCUUACUUACGAUGACCUUUUGAGUUUCCUCCAAGUAACCCCUCCUACCUCUUUUGCUGAACAGGAUUUAUUGAACAUGUUCUUCAAGGACAUUUACAAGCCAAUUCCAAACAAGUACAACUUAGUUUUAGCUAUGUUGUGGCGUCAUCCUGAGAAUAUUGUAGAGAUUGAUAAGGUGAAAGUUGUUCAUUACUGUGCAGCAGGAUCCAAACCCUGGAGAUACACAGGAGACGAAGAGAACAUGGAUAGACAAGAUAUAAAGAUGCUAGUCAAAAAUUGGACGGAGAUAUAUAAUGAUGAAUCACUUGAUUACAACAACAAUAUUAAUAAUACUGAUAACAAGUUCAUGCCAAUGCUUUCUAAAGCCCCUCGCGGUGGCCGGGGCUGUCAUACAGCCCCAUCCGCCGCUUAGGUUGGGGACAGACGAACGAAAACUUAUAUUAUGGGGUCGUACUUAGCUCUACUAUAAAUAUAUGUAUUUAGAUACGUGCUAUUUUAAGUACGUUCUCCAUGAAUUUGUGUUUACUAUUAUUAUUAUUAUGAAAAUGUAUUGGGAGAAUAUAUGAAUGAACUAUAUAUAUACGUAUUAUUAGUUUUGAUUUGUU